AACCGCAGUAAUUACAACGCCUUCCCCGCUUUGUGGUGCUGCUUAGGAAAAGAAAGAAUACGCCCUUUUCAUAUCAGAAGUUGGCGGAUACCGCUAUUUUAAAAUCACACGGGAGCAACUCUGUCAAGCGUCUCUGCGCUAUAUUUUAGAACUUGCUAAAAGCAUUAAGUAAUAAUCAUUGAUGUCGUUGUACGCCUUUUCAUACAUCGGAAAGAAUACAGUGUAAAAUUAAGGAGAAUCCAUGGAUGAUUUAGGAGUGCCUGACCUGCCUUACUCCCCUCUCAGUCCUCGUAUUGUUGUGUUUGAUGCACUCCUUGCUGAUUUGGAGAGCUCCACCUCUCCUCUGGCCAGGCGUCCUGUACUCCUCACAUCCGACCCCCCUUCAGUGCCUGGUGACAUUAUUGAUACUUCUAUCCCAGCCUCCUCUGGCAGCCGGGACCCCAUGCAGUCUCGACCACCACCCCCUGCCUAUACUCCUCAACAGACUGUAUCUGCUGCAAUGAAGUCCAAUGCUUCCCCGAAUACAGAUACAGACAAACUCUAUAGUACAGUGUGCAAGCCACGCUCCCCCCGCUCGCCAGACCCCCCGCCCACCUCCUCUUCAGUAUUAGGGGGCGGCCUUAGUGAACUGGACCAUUUACUCCAGGAACUCAAUGCCACUCAGUUUAACAUCACAGAUGAAAUCCUUGCUCAAUUCCCAAGCACUAAAAAACCUGAGGGAGAAAAGCUGAAGGAAAUCCAGGAUUCCAGAGGUCACAAUGAGCUGGGCAAAGACAAGGCCGUGCCCUCUGCCUCCAUUACUGGACCAGUCAAGCCUUCAGCCACUUCGGCCACUUUAGAGCUGGACAAACUCAUGGCCUCCUUAUCUGACUUCAGAGUACAGAGCUCACCAGUGCCUCCCGCCAAGCAGCAGGUGGUGCCGACCCCACGACAGCAAGCCAUCCCUGCACCUUCCUCCUCAGGCGGCUCACUGGACAGCAUGCUGGGGCUCCUCCAGUCAGACCUGAGCAGACAGGGGGUGCCAACAUCCUCCAAGGGAAACUGCUCUGCCUGUCAGAAGCCAGUGGUGGGACAGGUGGUGACCGCCCUGGGUCGGGUGUGGCACCCGGAGCACUUUGUGUGCAUGGAGUGUGAAAUGGAGCUUGGGAGCCGCAAUUUCUUUGAGAAGGAUGGCAGGCCAUACUGUGAAGCUGACUACUUUUCGCUCUACUCCCCACACUGCGCGCACUGCAGCAAGCCCAUACUGAAUAAAAUGGUCACUGCCCUGGACAAGAACUGGCAUCCAGAGUGUUUCUGUUGUGUGAAGUGUGGGGGCACCUUUGGAGAUGAAGGUUUCCAUGACCGGGAUGGACAGCAGUACUGCCAGCAGUGCUUCCUGUCCUUGUUUGCUUCCCGUUGCCAAGGCUGCGCCCAGCCAAUACUGGAGAACUACAUCUCUGCCCUCAACUCCCUGUGGCACCCACAGUGUUUUGUGUGCCGGGAGUGCUAUACCCCUUUUGUGAAUGGCAGCUUCUUCGAGCACGAGGGCCAGCCGCUAUGCGAAGCACACUACCACCAGUCGCGGGGCAGCGUCUGCCAGGCCUGUCAGCAGCCCAUUCUGGGUCGCUGCGUCACUGCCAUGGGGGCCAAGUUCCACCCCCACCACCUGGUCUGCCACUUCUGCCUGAAGCCUCUCAGCAAGGGCUGCUUCAAGGAGCAGGAGAGUAAGCCCUACUGCCACCCCUGCUUCCUCAAGCUCUUCGGGUAGGAGGUCUGGGCUGCUGUGGAUCGCCGCGAGGGGACAGCUGUGGGAGUGGGAGCCAGUGCAAAGAAAGAGCAGAUGACCAUGUGAGCGAGAGAAAUUGGAGACCAUCCAGGGCGAUGCUGCUGAUGUUUCUGUAAAAGGCUGCCUUUACAUCGUACUCUUAGCCUGCAGCCCUAGCACUCACCUGGGACCAGCCUGACUGUUUGGCACCAGGCGGUUUAGGGUAGGCUUAGGGAAGGGUAAAUACUCUUCGGGUAAUUUUUAUAUUCAGUAAGAAAUAGUGCUUCCUCUGCUUUUCUUUUGCAUUGACUUCCACUGUAUUUGAAUGUGGCGCGAGGGCCCUAGACGAUUGGUGUGGUUCAGACCAGCAUUAUAAGUUUCAGUAUUAAUAAGAAAAUUAGUAAGAUUCCUGUAAUCUAGAUGGAGAUAAGUAUAUCUUUGCUACCUAUUCUUAUGAAAUACUGUAAAGCAAGAAAUAUUUUUGAAAUUGCAGCUAAAUAUGUUAUUCAUUUGCGCUUUUUAGUAUGUCAGAAUAUCCAAAGUGCACUUAUUUGUUGUGUAAGAAGCAUGGAUUUAUGUUGUUUGCAAUAAAAAAUAAGUAGGCCUGCACACUUUUUACGUGAGGAACGUAUAUGAAUUACAUCCAAAACUAUUUCAUAGGAUGCUGUCUUUUCAUUCACAUCAUCCAUGUCCUGUAAGGACUGUUGUAGUCAUUCUUUUUUCUGUCAUAUAAUGUUUUAGAUUAUUAUAGGUACAGUAAAUGAAGUUAACCAUCAACUAAACAUUUUUAUGAACAAACCACAUCAAUAAUGGACUUUGUUUAAAAGCUUUAUGAACUUUUCUAGUAAAGGGGCAUCUUCAGAACUCAGCAUGGGACUCUGUCUUUAAAAAACGUUUUAUUCACUUGUUUACUUAUGUGAUAUUUGUUUACUGGUGAAAUAAUUAACUGGCUAUGGAAACCUAAACAAAUUCAUACUAGCUACCUGUUAUUUAUUUAAUAUAAUAAGAAUGUUUAUGAUAUGUUUUUGCGUCUUUUUCCAUUUGAAUGGGUUCACAUUUUUAAAGUAAAGAUAAAGUUAAAAUGUGUGUGUUCUUUCAUUUCAAAGCUUUAAACCCUUUAUGUCUGUAGACAAACUUAUACUCAUGGUCUAAAGGACACCAGUCUGCAUGGUGCUAAAUUAGUAGAGAUAAAUGAGCCUAUAUGCCAAGCACAUCAUUACUCUGUUGCAGCUAAAGGGGCUAGAACAGAAACACAUUAGAAACAUGUGAAACGUGCAGCACAGGCAGAGGGAAUGGUGUGAGAGGAGGAUGCCGAAUGUGACAAUCACAAAACCUCAAAGUGCUACUUUGCCUUUGUGGUCAAUCACUUCCAGCAGUAGAUUUAGCGACAGUUACAGUCGUCUUUAUUUUAAGCCAUAUUCUUUCAACAUUUAUUGUUUUACAUUAUGCUAUAUCACCAUGCAUUUUUUGAUUAUGCGUUUUUAAGGAACUGGCAGCUUAGGCAGACUGAUAUGUUUCCUGCUGCAGUAAUUUUCCAGACUCCCUGUUUCCUGAUAUAUCGCCAUCUUGAUGCAGUGCCAAAGACAUUUUCAGGAAAUAUCCCAUGUGGUUAGUGAAACAUUGCUGUAUAUUAUGUGUUUUUUAUUUAAGAUGUGAAAUUUUACUUAAAAUAUAUUGGACAUGUUGUGAUGCAGUUCAUGAUGUGGUGUACCAAUGAUGAUAAAUUUGUGUUAAAAGCCAUAUUUAAAGUCAUACUGUUAUUGAUAAUCAAAGAUUUGUCAGUGAUGAUUUUAUUACCCCUGAGUUAUAUGGUUUAUAUGAUAUGAUACUGAUAGUCUGUACGUGAUGGCCAAAGAUGAUAAAAUAAACAAUUUUCUCUGCCA